AUGCCACAACUAAACCCAACACCCUGAUUUAUAAUCAUAAUAUUCUCCUGAGUUUACCUAACAAUUAUUACCUCACCCCUCCUACAAACUGAGCUUCCAAAUACUAUUACUAAUAAUAUAAAAACAAACUCUUCAUACACCUACUGACACUGACCAUGAUACUAA